AUGCGCUUUGCAACUUCCACCAUCGUCAAGGUCGCCCUCCUGCUCGGCAGUCUCUGUGUCGAUGCAGCAGUGAUGUGGAACCGCGAUGCCGGUAAUACUGAUCUGGAGGCGCGCGCUAGCUCCGGUUAUAAAUCCGUCAUUUACUUUGUGAACUGGGCAAUUUACGGGCGCAACCAUAAUCCUCAGGACCUCCCUGUCCAGAGGCUGACGCAUGUCCUCUACGCCUUUGCCAAUGUGCGUCCUGAAACCGGGGAAGUCUACAUGACUGACUCUUGGGCCGAUAUUGAGAAGCAUUACCCCGGUGACUCCUGGUCUGAUACGGGCAACAAUGUUUACGGCUGUAUCAAGCAGCUGUAUCUCUUGAAGAAGCAGAACCGUAACCUCAAGGUUCUCUUGUCUAUUGGCGGGUGGACCUAUUCUCCCAACUUUGCUCCAGCGGCUAGUACCGAUGCUGGACGGAAGAAUUUCGCGAAGACUGCUGUGAAGCUGCUGCAGGACUUGGGAUUUGAUGGGCUGGACAUUGAUUGGGAGUACCCGGCAAACGACCAGCAAGCGAGCGACUUUGUUUCGUUGCUCAAGGAAGUGAGGGCUGCACUCGACAGUUACAGUGCUGCAAAUGCGGGCGGGCAGCACUUUCUUCUCACUGUAGCUUCUCCAGCUGGUCCCGAUAAGAUCAAUGUUCUUCACCUCAAAGACAUGGAUCAGCAACUGGACUUCUGGAACCUCAUGGCCUACGACUACGCUGGUAGCUUCUCUGCUCUGACCGGUCAUCAAGCGAACGUCUACAACGACACCUCUAACCCGCUCUCCACGCCAUUCAAUACUCAGACUGCAAUCGAUUUGUACCGUGCCGGCGGAGUCCCCGCAAACAAAAUCGUCCUGGGCAUGCCUCUCUAUGGCCGCUCCUUCGCCAGUACCGACGGACUCGGCAAGCCUUACAACGGCGUUGGCCAGGGCAGCUGGGAGAACGGAGUGUGGGACUACAAGGCGCUCCCGCAAGCUGGCGCCACCGAGUAUGUCCUUCCCGAUAUCAUGGCGAGCUACAGUUAUGACGCGACGAACAAGUACUUGAUCAGCUAUGACAAUCCUCAGGUGGCGACUAUGAAGUCUAGCUAUAUCAAGUCCUUGGGAUUGGGAGGUGCCAUGUGGUGGGACAGCAGCAGCGAUAAGACCGGAAGUGGUAGUCUGGUUACCACGGUAGUAAAUGCACUUGGAGGCGCGGGAGCCUUUGAACAGAGUCAGAAUGAAUUGUCCUAUCCGGUAUCGCAGUAUGAUAACCUACGCAAUGGCAUGCAAACCUGA